AUGGCUUCAUAUUUAAUCACCGGUGCAUCUCGUGGUCUUGGUCUGGCAUUGGUCUCCAGAUUAGCUGCCUUGCCUGUAGCUGAAGUGGGAAAAAUUAUUGCCACUGCGCGCUCCGACAACUCACCCAAGUUGAAGGAGAUUGUAAAAGCCUUGCCUGGCCGCAUCGAUUGGGUCAAAUUAGACGUCACGGACCAGGAAAGUGUCUUGGAAGCUGCUAGUGAAGUUGAAACUAAGCUACAAGGUAGGGGACUUGACUACCUUAUCAACAAUGCCGGCAUGAUGGAUUACUCGCCAACCGGGGUGGAGGGAAUGGAAAACCUGAACGAGAUUUUCCAUAUGAACGUGACUUCAGUUCAUACGGUGACACAGGCAUUCUUGCCCCUUCUACGAAAAGGCGACAAGAAGACAGUUGUCAACAUAUCGACUACUGUUGGAACUUUUGCCAAAGCCGAAGCAUUUCGAGUCUCGCCGACUCCUGCUUAUAAGGUGACCAAAGCAGCGCUGAAUAUGUUGACUGUGCAAUACGCCCAACAAUAUGAAUCAGAGGGCUUUACCAUCCUGGCUGUCAGCCCUGGAUGGCUGCGCACCGAUAUGGGUUCAUCUCGGGCGGAUCUUCCCGUCGAAGUUGGAGCCGAGCAAGUCUUGAACAUUGUGCAAAAUGCUGGGCCCUCCCAGCAUGGAAAACUAGUUAACAUUCAUGUCCCAGGAUGGGAGAAUGCACCGGGUUCAAACCAAUACCCAGGUGGAGAAGUAGCUUGGUGA